AUGAAAAUGGUAUAUGGGCUUAUGAAGCGUAGAAUUCUUUCGGAUGCAAAGGAUGAGCUUUGGAUUAAUUACUGUGGCAUGCCGGUGUGCUUUGGAUUUAAAGAGUUUGCCAUAGUUACUGACCUUAGAUGUCAUCCUUGUGAGCUUCCUACUGUUGUAUUGAAUAAGCCAGCCCAGACUAGCAAGACAGCCAAAGAAGCCAAGAAAGUAGGAAAGGGUGGAAAAAAUAAGAGUGAAACUGAUUUGGUGGAGUUAGUUGGAAAAAGCUACAAAGGAGAUAAGCUGCUUGUAGAUUUGCAAUACAAAACCAUGUCAAAAAAGCAUAAGCAGUCCUUGUGUUUAGUUUGGUUUGUUCACUGUGUUCUUAUGGCAAAAGAUACAAGUCUGAACAUACCACUUGGUUUGCUUAAACUUGCGGAGGACUAUGAGACAUUCAACAACCAUGGAUGGGGCCGGGAAAGCUUCAAGUUGACUGUUGACUAUUUAUCGAAAGAGCUUAAGCCAACAAUGAAGACAGUCAAUUUAUAUGGCUUCCCUUGGGCUUUCAUGGCUUGGGCAUUUGAAGUCAUUCCUCACCUCCGACAACAAGUGAAGGACUACCCUUCAGAAGUGUCUUUUCCAAGAAUGCUUAGAUGGCUGACUGCAAAGAGCAACACAAGAUUGAGUGUUGAUCUUUUUAACCCUCCUUUGGAAGAGGUUGUGCACCCGUGGAUUGUCCCGACAGUACGGGAGUUGGAGAUGUCAUUCCUUGCUUCCUUUAAGCCCUUACAAUCUGUUCCUGAUAAAAUGAUUGAGGGGAUGAAAUUAGAAUUGGCUGGAGUGACAGCCAUCAAAAGGGAAUCAGUUGUGGUAGAUGUUGGUGGUGGUGGUGUUUUUGCUGGUGGUCAACCUGCUGUUGAUGACGUUGCGGUAGAAAUUACCGGUGAAAAAAUAAUAGAUGAUGGUAGACAAACUCCAAUUGGUGGUGUUGUUGGUGGACAAACUUCAAUUGGUGGUGAUGUCGGUGGACAAACUCCAAUUUAUGGAGAUGUUAGUUGUGGCGGAUUUGGUGGUAGAUUUUUCUUUGUUAGUGCCGACACAUCGAAAUGUGCUUGUGAAUGCACCUAUAGCAAGCGGCAAAUGGAUGAUCUGAUAAAUAAUGUUGAGGAGUUGGUGAAGGCACAAAAAAACACAAAUUCUGCUUUACAGAGUUUGUUAUCCAAGAGGGGUGUCAAUCCAUCCAAGAAGCUGACCUCACCCUAUACUCCUAUUCGCAUUCGCAUGAAGGGAAAAGCAAUUUCCAAGGCACUUGCCGAUGUUAGGUCAAGGAAAUAUUCUACACCCCACAAGGCAGCUGUUGUUGUUGAUCUUAAAAAGGUAAAUGUGUAUAAGCAUGCAAAUGCUCAAAAAAUGAAAAAGCUUGAAAAAUUCGUCAAUGCUAAGAAGAGCAAGGGUACGAUGUAUUCAUUGCAUGAAUUUAAGGCGGAUGACUUCAGGAUAAUGACAAGCAUGGAAGAUUGGUGGCUAGCCAGUUAUGUUAAUGAAAUUAUGCUCUUAAUGCGUGUGAGGCAAAGCACUUUCAUUGAGCACUAUGCUUCCACAGAUAUAAUCUUGGAUCUCAACUUCUACAAUAUCAUGCUCAAGCGAUACACAGAGUUGUUGGAUGAAAGCACACAGUCGGAAACUAUUCCAUUCAAUCAAAUGCUUGAUGAUUUUAUAUGGGAUGAUGAUGUUAUCGCUUACUGUAGAGGUACUGCACCAGCCAAAGGUGGUCGCGAGUGGGUUGGUGCCAAAAGGGUGCUUACUAUGAUGAACAUAAAUGUCAGACAGUUUGUCACCCUUGAAUUCAUAAUUGAGGAGGGGGUGAUAAAUGUUUAUGACUGCAACGUCCCAAAAAUCCAAGAAGAUGAGUUCUUCAUCCACAUCCAGCCAAUCAUUGAAUUAUGGCAGAAACUACUGAAGCAGAGUGACAUGUUUGAACGCUUGCCUGAAAAGCUGCUCAACGAAGUUUGGAAAUUUGUGCUGAAGGAGAAUCUCCCCCGCAAUGAAACUUCAAUGGCAUGCGGAUCGUAUUCACUUGCUUUUAUUGAGCAUUUGCUUACCGGCACUAACAUGAUAAAGCCUGAGACUCUAUUGUGCGACAACUCAGUGGCGAGGAUGCAGUGGCGGUGGGCAGUGGGUGUGAUAGAUAAAGUUUUGGAGCCUUGAGCUGGCUGUUUAACAAAUUACUACUUGAACAAUUUUUUUUGUCCUUGUUAUUAUUUAUGAAUGUUGUUGCAACAAAUGUAACAGAUAGUACAGUUGUUAAAAAAGUUGCA